AUGUUUGGUGAAGAAUAUGCUAUGAAAAUUAACAGUAUUCCUAUGUCUGCCGAAACAGUGAGCCGACGAAUAUGUACUAUUUCAAAUGAUCUGGAAUUACAACUAGUUGAAAAAUUAGGACAUUCUCCGUAUUAUGCAUUACAAUUGGAUGAAACCACAGACAUUUCAAGUAAUGCUAUAUUAAUAGUAUAUGUCAGGUAUAUUGAUUUUGAAUUGGAAGAUAUGAAAGAAGAGUUUUUAUGUACUUUACAAUUAAAGUCCCACACCACAUCCCACGAAAUUUUUGCAACCAUCAAUUCAUACUUCGAAUCUAAAGACAUUUCUUGGAACAAAUGCAUCGGAAUAUGCACAGAUGGUGCAGCAGCAAUGGUAGGAAAACACAAAGGUGUUGUUACACAAAUAGCCCAAAUUUCACAUAAAAAUAUUAUUAAAACCCACUGCAUUCUUCAUCGCGAACAGUUGGUAUGCAAAAAUAUAAAUACAGAUUUAGAUGCAGUUUUAGAUCAGUGUGUGAAAAUAAUAAAUCACAUUCGUAACAGCGCAGUACAGACUCGAAUUUUCGCUUUAUUAUGUGAAGAAAUCGGUUCGGAUCACAAAAUUUUGUUAUUACAUUCACAUAUACGAUGGCUUUCAAGAGGCAGAGUGCUGAAACGAUUUUUCGACCUAAGAAUGGAAAUUGAAAUAUUUUUAAAUAAUCAGAACUCACCAUUAGUAGUAUAUUUCAAAAGCAAUACAUGGCUGGCAAAAGUUGCUUAUCUUGCUGAUAGUUUUUCAUUAGUUAACGAAUUAACUUUGUCAAUGCAAGGGUCCAUGACUAACUUAUUUAUAUGUAAUAGCAAAAUCGAAGCAUUCAUUAAAAAAAUUGAUAUUUGGAAAGAUCGAAUAGGUAAAGCAAAAUUUGAUAUGUUUCCAUGUUAUCAUCAAAUGAUCGAAGACAAAAUAUUAGAAGAUGAGAAAUUUGGUGAUAUAAGUAUCAUAAUUCAAAAUCAUUUACUGCAAUUAAAAGAAAGAUUUCUCAGCUAUUUUCCUCCCGCUGCAGAUAUCCGUUUAGGUAACAUGUGGAUACAGAAUCCGUUUCUACCACAUGCAAAUAAUAUCUUGUGUUCACCUGAUGAAGAACAAUUAGCAGAAUUGUCGUGUGAUAAACUGCUUCAAACGCAGUUUAUCAGUCAAAAAAACUUGGUAAAAUUUUGGAUACAAAUACGAAAUGAAUACCAAGCUUUAAGUGAAAAAGCAAUGCAGCUCCUACUACCGUUUGCAACAACAUACUUAGCAGAAAGUGGUUUUUCAGCUCUAGCUUCGAUUAAAAAUAAAUAUAGAAAUCGGCUUGAAAGCAUUGACGCCACAAUGAGAAUUGCGUUGACAAAGUCGAUUGAAGCAAGGAUUGACAAACUAGUGAACGACAACCAGGAGCAAAAAAGUCAUUAG